AUGGAAGAUUUGUAGCAUACGCUCAAAUAUGGAGAUAAUAUAAUUCUCAGAUAAAUAGGUGAUAAUAAAAUCUAUUAUCUCCUUGCUAGAAAGGAAUAAUAAUACUUAAUGGAAACUAACUUAUAAAUAAAUAAUUCAUGUACAUUUAACAUGCAUAAUUUUCCUUAACAUAUGGUGUUCACAAUAUUUCCUAAAUUACUAUAUGAAGCUUAAAACAAAUUUAAUUCAGACUAUGAUUAAAAGUAAUUAUUGUAUAAUCAAAUGGAAACUGAGAAAAAAUAUAAUCAAAACUUAUUAAAACAAAGUAAAGGAUAAAAAGUAAUCUAUGGAAAUACUAUUAUGCUCUACUAAUCUUUAAGUAAAGUGUUUUUGUGUAGAACUGAAAAUAACGAUUCGAAUUCAAAUAUAGGCACUAAUUUAAAUUCUUCAAUGUAUUUUAAAAUAGAUCCUGAUCCUUUAGCAAUUUAUAUAAAAUAAGGAUCACCAGUUCAUUCAUAUGAUUAAUUCCUUUUAAUUUAAAAUGAUACUAUACUUAAAUUCGAUACUAUUUAAGAAAUACCACGACUUCCAGAAAUUGUUUAAUCUAAAAAUCCAGAUCACAAUCCUGAAUUUUUUACAAUCCCUGCAAUCAUAGAGAAUGAAUAUUAAUUUAAAUUUUAUAGAGCCUAAUACAAAUAAUUUGCAACUAAUACAAGAGAAUAAACAAGUCAUAACACUCUUUAAGCAAUUGUUUUAUCGUAAUAGAAAGAUAUUAAUCAUCUUCAUUAUGGUUAAUAUGUUAGGAUUGUUGAGGAACAUUAAGAACAUCGAAUUAAUAAAGGAUAUUUAAUAUCUACUAUUAAUGCAAUAGGCUGUUAUCCUGCAAUAUAUUUAUAGAUUAACCGUAGACAAAAUGGUGACUCAAUAGAUAAAGUUUCCUCUAUAUUUUAAAUUGUGCCAGAAACUGACUAAAAAUAUAGUGAAGAAAUUUAAUUUAAUGUUGGUAAUAAACCUAAUUUAGUUGGUUAUACAUAAUUCUUAUUAAGACAUCUACUUACAGGUGAAUAUUUAAGAAUAAAUCCUUGGAAGUGGAAUAAAUUAUAAUUAUCUAAAGAAAUUAAUAAUAAAUAUAGAUAAAUGGGAUCUAAUUCUAAUAAAAAAUUAAAUGAAUAACCUAAAUCUGUUGCAUCUAAAAAUAUGCCUGGUGUCCAAUUAUAUCAGAAUUUAAUAAAUUAAAAUUCUAAUUAAUAAAAUAGUUCAUAAAUUUAAUAAGAUGAUCCUUUAUUUAAGGAUCAUUAAUUAUUAUUUAUUACUAAAUUAGGAAAUAAUCCUAUUAUUUAUAAAGAUUAAUUACCAUUUACAACUGAUAUAAAUUUUAAUAUUGUUACUAAAAAUGGAAAAUGUCCAAUUGAAGUUGAUUCUUAAGAAUAAGAAGAAAGUUAUACAAUUUAAUUAAUUACUAAAUUAGCAAUGUUUAAUCAGUAUGAAGAAGAAAAUGAUGAAUAAAUUUUAAAUCGACAAUUAGAAGAGGAAUGGGUUUAAAUGAUCCCAGAAUUAGAUUAAUAUUCAAAAAAUAAUAAAUAAUAAUAAUUUUCAUAAUCUGAAAAAGAAGUGUUAGAAUUUAUUAAAAUGGAAAAGAAAAUAUAAGCAAAAAAUAAAGUUGAUAUGAAACAUUAUAAAGCUGAUUAUUAAACAUUUCAACCUAUGUUUAUUCAGUUAAAUCCUUUUAAUACUUAAUAUUUAGAUGUUUUAGCAAGUGAAGAUUUUUCUGGUUCUAAUUUUAAAUUUGAGACAGUCGAUUAAUCAGAAAUAGAAGAAUUAAGUGAAAUAUUAGGAUUAUUAUAUCCGCUUAUAUCAUUAGCUAAGAAUUCUAUAUAAUUAUCAACACUUAAAUUUAAAUUUUCUAAUCCUAAAUUUAAAGAAUCAAAGGAAUGA